GUGUCACUUUGCAUUUUCACGUUCAUUCUUCAACGAGUUUGUUCGCAAGAAAAUCACGGAAUCAAAAUGUUUGCCCGCGCUGCCGCCAUCUCCCGUACCGGAAUGACCAACCUGGUCCGCUAUUCGCACUCCCACGGUGGAAUCCCCGGCGAGAACUUGCCGUUCAGCCUGACCAACCGGUACAAGCUGACCGCUCUCUUCAUCGUUUUCCUCGGAUCCGGUUUGGGAGCUCCCUUCUUCGUGCUGCGACACCAGCUGCUGAAGCAGUAAAUUUCUGCUUUUCACGCUAGGCUUAUAGUGGCGAUGGAUGGCCGAGGGCGACUGGCUACUGAACCGGGAAGGGAUUUUGGCCUUUUCUGUCCGAAAUUUCCGAUUCGGUGAAGAAACUAAAGUGUUGUUAUGGUGAGAUCGUAAUAAACCAGUAAAGUGUACAA